ACCUGUUUCAAAAACUCCUCUUACAUAUUUUCGAAGAGAGGAAGACAUUGGUUUAAAAACUGGCGUAUCUGUUAUUACCAGGGAGGUGACUUAGUCUCCAUCGAAACUGAAGAAGAAUGGCAAUUUAUCAGUCAUGAGAUUAAAAAGCGUGGUACUUGGAAUACUAGUGCAUGGCACAUUGGUUUAUGGAAGAGAGGCGGGGUUUGGAUUUGGAAGAGUGGAGAACAGCUGAAUAUUUCGAAAUGGCGAGAUUCUGAGCCAAAUGGUAACGACGAUUGCGCGGAAAUAUCCAGGAAUGGAGGCCUCUUUAGUGGUAUCGAUCCCUUUGAUGAUAAAGCCUAUAUUUGUGAAAUACCCGGUGGUAAGAUCCCAUUCUAACAAUAAAGUGAUGUACUGAAACAUUACAGUCUUGCACUUGCGUCAGGAAAAUUGCUCUUGUUUCUUAAAGUGAAAAUAUUGUUCACAAAAUAUGCUCAGUCCACCUAACUUGUACGAGUGAGCGAUAAAUGAACUUUAAAGCGUGUAUUAGUGGCUGAACAUAAUGUCCAUGAAAAAAUCCGGGACAUAUGUUUCGAAAAAAAUUAUCUGUAAUUACGGCAAGAUCCUCCAUGAACUGAACAAUUUUUGAGCGAGAAAAUGGUAGCAUUAGAGAGAGGUUUCACCGAAAUCCUUUUUGUGUGUGUGUGUUUGUGUUUUUACUGAAAAAGGUGAUUCAAAAGGCUUCCUAAAAAACUUUGAAACAUUUUUUUUACAAGUAUCUGUCACAAUCUCCCACCUGUCGAGUAGAGAGCGCGUAAAUAAAAAAGUGUAUACACCUUUUAAAAAGAAUGAAAAACAACAACGGCACUGAUUUGGGAAACAAACUUAAGUUCAAUGACUAUCGCGAAAAUUUUUUCUCCAAAAGCAGUCAAUGAUCUUAUGAAAGUAUUACUCACUUCCAUCGACUAUUGAUGAAUAAAGAAUACCUCAGCUCAGUCAAUAAAUGGAAAGUGGUCACAAGUAAAUUUAAAUCUAUGGUUUGAAGUUGAGGGAGUUUGCUCUUUUCUUUGAUGUAAUCACGUAUGCAAAUCUGGUCUUUGAUCAAAAGGGGAAUUUUAAAAUUUGAAUGCAUUUUUUUUUCGUUAAAUUCCGUCGUUUUCUAUUGUGUACUUUACGGUACAAAUGUGCAUAUUGAACUGACUUGCAAAGACUUACCGAAAGCGUAUUUAAAGUGUAGAACUGAAGACUUCGCUCUCUGCCUUCAAGGAACAGAUUGUUUAAGGGAACUCAGAUAUAAAAUGAAUGAAAGUCCCUUUAAUUAAUUCAAUUGAAAACAAAUACCUCACGUUUUAACUUUCUGAGUAACUUCUAGUGAAGGUUUAGGUUAAUUACAAACGAAUUUUAGGCGGCGCGUGAACGCAUUUAAUGACAUAUUUGCUACCAAAAAUCAGUUGGAAACCAAUUUCUUUUUCCUGGCAGCAAAAGUGAUUUGAGACUGAGAAAGAGAGAAUUAAUAAGUUAUUAAUCGGCUCGAUUUGUUUUAAAAUUAAAAAUACUGCCCAUCCGGCAAAACGAACUAUAUUUAUCAAAAUUGGUAACGAGGUUAAGGAUGUAUGCGACUCGCGCAAGCGUAACCGUGCCCGUGGGCAGAGAUAGGAGUUCAGUUGCACAUUUUUUGAGAACUUACAUUCACAUUUAAUUUUACGUUUUUUACGUCUGUUCAGAUGAAGGAGGAAGAAUAGGAGGAAGGAGGUGGUUGGGAGGUAUCAGCUCAAGGAGGAACUAAUAAAUAUUUAAAAACUCUACCUCCAAAAUCGCAUGAGCUCACAGACAAUCUUAAGUGGUGUGAAGUUAACUAAUUCAGAAAAGCAGCUUGGAGAUGGCGGAUGCCGUAUUGAAGAAAGAUGUAUCAUAUUAAUUGACACUAAUUAAACAUAAACUGCAGAUGUUAAAAAAAUCGGAAUCAUAUGGUAAAAAAUAUAUUUAUCACUUUGUUUAUCAUAAUUAUCAUAAUUUUUGUUUUCAUUUAUAUCAUUUUGUAGAAUGCCCAAAUAUAACUUUUAAAAACUCUUGGUACAUAUUUCCGGUGGAAGGAGGGUCCUGGGACUUGAACAGAGACAUCUGCCAAAGCCAAGGAGGGGACCUAGUUUCCAUUGAAACUGAAGAAGAAUGGAAUUUCAUCAAUGACGAGAUUCAAAGGCGAAAUACUACGCACUAUAUAAAUAGAUGGAGUAUUGGUUUAUCAAAAAAGGCUGGGAAUUGGACCUGGGUGAGCGAAAGACCGCUGACCAUUUGCAAAUGGGGAAAAGGGGAGCCAAGUAGUGAACACAACGCGGCUUUCAUGUACAAGCGGUCAAAUAAUGGCGAACGAGGCGUGUUUGGCAGUUGUGAUAGAGGAAGUUGGGAAAACCGGCCCGCUUAUAUUUGUGAAAUUUCCAAG